AGGAGUUACGACGCAAGGGGGAGGAGCUAGGCCAGCGGGAUAGUUCCUCUAAGCCUGGAAUACCUACGUCAUCAGUGUGCGCCGGAAAAAUAGCGGCUGUUGUUGGCAUGUCUGCGCCCGGCGUUAUGUGAUUGGGCCGGAGAUUCAGCAGAGAGUAUGGCUGACUGACAGAUGUGGCGUUCCCCGGUGCACAGUGAGUGCGCGUUACCGGCGGCCUCGUUGUGACGAUGUUUGUACCGAGAGCAGUGAAGAGGCGACAUGAGAACGAGAAGCCCGGGGGCAAGAGACGAACACCUGCAGAGACUGUUAUUUCCACAGCCCGGUCUCCGUUACUUGACCACUCUCCCCCUGCUGCUGCUGCUGCAGCUGCCGCCGCCAGUGUGUCACAGCCCGCCCACACUCCCCAUCUGUCCUCAUCUCCUGCACCAGUGCUAACAUCUGCUUCUGCUGGUACCAGUCUGUCAGCAUCAUGCUCCAGUCCAUCACAUGUUCCAGCAUCUGCCCCCUCUCCAGUGCCCAGCCCCCUAGUUGACCCUGUCUUAUCAUCAGACCCCAAUUCUGCUACAUCUGUCUCUGGUUGUACCAAGUUACCGACUACUCCCUUCAGUACAUCACCUGUAUCAGCACCUGCCCAUCUUACAGUACCCAUCCUCUGUGAUGUCCAUGUAUCACCAGACCUCCUACCGCCUGCACCAGUGCUAACCUCUGUCUCUGGUGGCACCGGUCUAUUUACAUCUAGUUCUAGUAUGUUACACAUUUCAGCAUCUGUCCCUCUCUUGACAGAUUUGAGUCCUUCAGCCCAUCUCUCCGCUUCGGCAUCCUCUCCUGACUCUCUUUCAUCACCUGUCUCCCAUCUAUUACCUCUCCCAAUAUCUGCAUCUUCUUCCCAAUCAAUGACCUCAUCCACCUCUCCUGUCUUGGAAGAUGAACCCAUCAAAUCUUUCAGCAAAGUUCAGCGUUGGCCCCUCCUCGGGGAACCUGUCUGUGUUGUCUGUGGUCGAUAUGGAGAGUAUAUAUGUGACCAGACAGAGCAUGAUGUGUGCAGUUUAGAGUGUAAAGCCAGGGAUAUCUUGCAGUGUACAGGGAUAACAAACUCUCAAAGCACCUCUGUAACUCCUGAGUCCUUGUUUUUAGAAACUAUAACUGCAGAAAAUGCAGCCGCAGAACAAUCGCCAUUAUCUAAUCCAUUUCCCAUAGCACUGACACCAGCUCCAUAUCACUCCCAGAAUGCAGAGUCUCCAUCUUCUCUGCCUCCCUUCCCUGAUGUACCAUACAUCUACACAGAACAUGACUUUAUUGCCCAGCUGGCGCAGGAUCAGAUUGACCAUCUAAGACAUCAGCUUGGAUUGUCUGUGCAAGGAAGUGAGGUGUGCAGACCAAUUAUAGAGUUUGAACACUGCGGCUUUCCUCCAGCUCUCAAUGUAAACUUGAAAAGGGCUGGAUAUGACGUUCCAACUCCUAUCCAAAUGCAGAUGAUCCCCGUAGGACUGAUGGAAAGGGAUAUACUGGCAAGUGCAGACACAGGCUCUGGGAAAACUGCUGCUUUCCUUCUCCCAGCUAUUAUCAGGUGUAUGGAACAGAAGGAUUCCCCGGCAGCUUUAAUUCUCACACCCACAAGAGAGCUCGCUGUGCAGAUCGAGAGACAGGCGCAAGAGCUGAUGUUCAAGAUACCCCAAAUGAAGACAGCCCUUCUUGUAGGGGGAAUGCCAUUACCACCCCAGCUGCACAGGUUGAAGCAAAGUGUGCAGAUUAUUAUCGCAACCCCUGGACGACUCUUAGAAAUAAUUAAACAGAGUUCUGUCAACCUUGGUGAACUGAAGAUCCUAAUAGUUGAUGAGGCAGAUACCAUGCUAAAGAUGGGGUUCCAGCAGCAAGUCCUUGAUGUUUUUGAACAUACAUCACAGGAGCGUCAGAUAAUCCUGGUUUCAGCCACCAUUCCUGCCAGCAUUGAAAGUUUUGCCCAGCAGCUCUUGAAGCAUCCUGUGCGCAUCACUGUGGGUGAGAAGAACCAGCCAUGUGCUAAUGUCCGUCAGAUUGUUUUGUGGGUGGAAGAGCCUUCCAAGAAAAAGAAGCUUUUUGAAAUACUGAAUGAUUCAAAGCUUUUCCAGCCCCCGGUCCUGGUGUUUGUUGGUUGCCGUCUCGGUGCAGAUCUGCUCAGUGAAGCAGUCCAUAAGAUUACUGAAUUGGAAUGCGUUGCGAUCCAUUCUGAGAAACCCCAAUCUGAAAGGACUAAGAUACUGAAGGGAUUGCUACAGGGAGAUUAUGAUGUUGUUGUCAGCACCGGUGUUCUAGGCAGGGGUUUGGAUUUGGUGAAUGUGAAGUUGGUGGUGAAUUUUGACAUGCCAUCAAGUAUGGAUGAAUAUGUCCAUCAGGUGGGACGAGCCGGAAGACUAGGCCAUCGAGGAACUGCUAUUACCUUCAUUAACAAAAAUAACAAAAACCUUUUUUGGGACCUGGUGAAGAGAGUGCAGCCCACUGGCUCCUUGCUGCCUCCUCAGCUCCUGAACUCCCCUUACCUCUUUGAGCAGAAGAGGGUAGAACAGAGAAAGCAUCAGGACCGAGACAAGGUGGUGACAGGAGACCAGAUCCUGGCACUCAUCCGAAAACACGACAAGCGGAAGUCCCACAAGUGAUCAUUGUGCUCGUCCCUCAGAGAGUGCUAAUAACAUAUUUGAUGAGCAGGAUCUCUUUACAUUCCUUUUAUUAUUUUAUUUCUGGAAAAAAUGUGUGACUUAAGGAAAAAUAUCACUUGCUCUGAAAGUGUGUCUUGGGAGAUUUCUCACCAAGGGAAAUGUUACUCGCAUUGUUGAGUUGCCUCAUUCAAACUGAUUAAAGUUCAUUAAUUUUG